AAGCCCACGCGUCAGUAAUCCAUAAAAACAAUUCAAAAUGAAACUCUUCGCGCUGUGUUCACUUCUGGCUGUUUUGCUGCUGGCCGAAAGCGUGCGUUGCAUGCCACAGACACGUGAUGGCGCCGCCUAUACAAACGAGGCCAUCCGACAGGCCCAGCAGACGCUACUCAUUCCCAAGGAUGCACAAAUCCAGAAUGUCCAGGAGGGCAUCGAGCUGGGCGCUUACGAGCAAAUUCCCGGCAAUCAGCGCAUCAAUCUCUUUGAUAUCCUGGGCGAUACUGUGCCCUCGGAGGUGAUAAACAAUCUGCAAUCGCAGGUUGAUCAAAUUGGACGCAAUUAAUUAAUUGCUCUACUCAUUCACAUCAUAAAUCAUUUGAUUUGGAUUUGCAUUUUGUUAAGUUUCACAAAAACAUCCACAAAAAAAAAAACUUAAAAAAAAACAACAAAAACAAUAAA